UUGCUAGACGACUCAAGCUGCAACACUGGUGUGAAAACAGAAGCCUCUACAUGGAAACAAAGCAACAUUUUAACGGAUUUAAUGAAGAUAUGGUCAACAGUGAUUAUCACAGCAUCACUGUUUCAUUACGAGGAGAAACAACAGUGUCAAUGUGGACCAAUAUCCGAGUUGUAGUUGACGUCUCUUUUGUUGCCCCAUGUUUUUACUACUAACGUUAGCAGCAGAGGCAACCUGAAGUUAGCCUUUUUGACUCUGAAAAAAUGAGAGGAUUAACGUAGACACGGAGAAAGUCUUUUAAGUUUGGCAACUUAACGUAAGUGUUUGUUUACCAGCUAUGUUUGGUGCAAGUGCUAAGAUGUCUCUGGAGGCGAGUGAUGUCCAAACAGAUGAAGACUUCGAGGAGCUGGUUGAAGAUGGCUUUUCUUUCUCUGCUGAUUUUUUGGAAAAGAAAACAAGAAGAAAGAGAUCUUCUAGCAAGCCUCCUCCGUCUCCAAGGUCUCCAUACCUCUCCAGUAUGAAUGUAAACCCCAGAAGAGCAGCGGUGGCGGCCUGGCGGCUGCCGAGGGCCUCGCUGGGGGACACCAGGGGGGACACCAGGGGGGACACCAGGACACACACACCUGGGGACGGUGGCUCAGCUCGCAUCACAUCCCUCAGCAACGGCCACGAUGUGUCGCAGACGCUGAGAUCUGAGUAUGAUGCCACACCAGAGCUACUCAGACAGACCUUGAGCAUGAAGAAACACAAAAAUCUCCUCUCUGGAUCCAACGGCAUCACCCACAGCACAGGUGACUACAGAGACAAGGAGGACAUGUACGAUGAGAUUAUUCGCCUCAAGAAGACUCUCCAGGCUCACAAGUCCGACAACCAGAAAAUGAAAGCCAAACUGCGCCGCCUGGAGGAAGAUAACGCCAAAAGAGAGAAACAGAUAGAAGAACUGUUGGAUCCCACUAAAGGAUCUGAUUACACUCGAAGUUUGGUGGAUAAGAAAAAAGAAGGGAGUGUGGUGAUCAAUGGGCUGAAACAGAGAAUCCUGAAGCUGGAGCAGCAGUGUCGAGAGAAAGAAAAUGCCCUGAGUAAACUACAAAGUGAGCUGAGGACCACCAACCUGGAGGAACUGAAGAUCACAGUGGAAACAUACUUUGACGAGAUCCAGAGGCUAAGGAUCCUUCUGGAAGCUGCAGAGAAAAGCAGUCGAACAGAGAGUAAAUGCUCCCAGAGGCAGCAGAAGGUUUUAAGCUCCACGGUGCACCGUCUGUCUGAGAACCUGAAGCAGCUGCAGCAGGAGAACACGGCGCUCAGAGAGGAGCUCGACACGGACAGUCCUGCAGGAGGAAUCAAAGGCUACAGAGAGUGGAGUAAACAGAGACUGUUGAGAAGGCUGUUGGAGGUGGAGAAGAGGCUGGAGGACAGCAGAAGUCACGCCCACUCAGCAAAUCAAAGCAGCCGAUUGGAUCAGGAGGUCCAGGCCACACCCAUGGAAAUUCUAGGGCUUACCAUGGCAACAGAGGCAGUGGUCUCCGUGGGAACAAGCACUGAAGCAGGGGAAGAGGUUUCUGAAAUGAGAGAACGCCUCGGCCAAUCAGAGAAGGAGCAGGCGGAGCUUCAAGAGAGGCUGUCUAAUAAAGAUGAUGAAUUGAGACAGUUGAGGACAGGAAGAGAAGAAUUGGAGACAGAGACAGAGCGAUGGAAAGCCGAGCAGACGAUUGACCGCGACAAAGAGAGACAGCAGCAUAAAGAGGAGUUGGACCUGUUUUUGGCGAGGAUCCAAACUCUGGAAGACAGAAGCAAAGCUGCAGCAGAGGAGCCUCCUUCUCUCUCUGACACAUCGCCAGAGCACCAUGAGGACUCUGAGGCUGGAGCCGCUGUGGAAGAGAGAGGAGACGGAGACACUGGAGGGGCAGGAGAGAAGGAGGUGGGAAGAGAGGAAGACAUGUGUAGAGAAGAAGAGGAGGAGAAAGAAAGAGAGAAAGCAACGUUGGUCAUCCAGACACACUGGAGAGAGCACAGGAACAGGGACACUGCGAUGUUGCAGUCCGCAUUAAGAGGCCAUCUCUGCAGAGAGAAACAGCUCAAGGACCUGCUAAAAGAUGCACAGAAAAAGGCAACAAACCGCAGUGACGCUGAAUCCUCCGUAGAAGGAGAGCUGGAUGUGGUUGCCUUGACGAUGGUACAGUCUGCAUUCAGGGGACACCUGGCUCGCUGUAGUCACGCAAUAGAGAGCUCGGGGGUCUCUGUGCCUUCUCCAAUGGGAAACAAUUUACCCACCAUGGUACCAAGAAAAGCUCGCUCAACACACAAAACCAGCAGAACAGGUGCUGCAUCCCCACAUGAACACGAUGAAAAGCAGGAAGAAGACCCCUGGCUCUCCAGCACCCACUCCUCCAGGAUGACACCCACAGCAGAGCUUCACUUCCCAGCUGAGUCUGCUGCAGUCGAUUCAGACGAUUCUGACGACAUCAUCGUUUCUCCGUCACGCCCUAUGAGAAGCAGAGAAGUCUUAAUGUUAUAGACCCUCUGGGUUGUGUUUGAAUGAGUGUGUGUGUGGGUUAGUGUGUAAGAGAGAGAUUGUGUGUGUGUGUGUGUGCAGGGACAAUUUCUGCUUGUUUCUACUCAGAUCCUGUAUGUCAUACAGUACCAAAUCUUUCUGGUUUGGGUUCUUACUGAACCUGCAAAUGAUUGCUGCGAUAUUACAAUAUUAGUAAGGGUAACAUCAAUCAUCCACAAUGUCUGUGUCAGAUAUCACUCACCACUCCCUAUAGUCCUCUAUGUAGAGAGUUUGAUAUACUGUAGUGCUUUUCCAUGUAUACUAGGAAUCAUUAUACCCUAUAUAGUGGAACCAGAGUAUCUCACAAUCAAUAGUGAAAAGUAGUUUUUACAUCCAUGUGUACAGCUGAUUAACCAAACACUAUAUACCAUUAUUUAAUGCACUGAAGGAAAUUGUAAAUUGUAAAAAAUCCAUGAGUGAUGGCAAGAAAAUCAUGUUAAAUAUGAGGAAAUUAUACCACAAUGCUGACACCCUAGACAAAUAACUUUGGGUUUCUUAAUCUUGAAAAAUCGAUCCAUAUAAUAUCAUGUUUUUAUCACAAAAACGCAUUUCGGUAACAAUUAUGCAUAGUCCACCAGUACACUUUUUUUCUUGCUCAACAAGAAUGUAUUUAACAACACGGGAAAUUACCGGUCGUGUGCAACUUUUUUUGCAGAAAGGCCUGAGGUCUAACUUUUCCCACAUGGAAGUAGUAGUAGUAGAAGUUAGGGCUGCUCAAUUAAUCGUAUUUUGAUCGCAAUUACGAUUAUGGCUUGC